GGACUCCUCCUCCUGCUUCGACCCCCGCGGCUACGGAGAGCGGAGGAAAAAGAAAAAAUAAAGAAAAAUCUUCUAGGUUUUAUUCUUCCCUCGCUCGAGUUGGUCGAAUCCGAACCCUUAAGGCCUCGCUUUUUUUUGGAUCGGAAUUCCCCCGUUUCGCUUCUCAAUCCCUGAGGCCUCCGAACGAUCCCCUGGGGGCGAUGAUGUGACAGUGGAUCUGUACGCCGUUUUCAUUGGAAAAAGGAAACUCCAAAUGGUGUCUGAACUUUAAAGAAGAGAUUACUAAAAGUGAGAGAUGUAUGGACAAGGGAACUAUGCCCGCCAAUUUCAGCACGGGCAGCCGCCUCCUCCAUUCCAGCAAACACCUCCAGGGCAUCCUGCUCCCUUCCAGCAAACCCCUCCUGGGCCACCCCCUCCGGCUAUCCAACAUAGCCAAAUGGGGCAGCCUUACAUCCACCAACCUCCUCCACGGGUCGAUGGAAGUGCCCCAAUUGUUCCUUCCUAUGCCUACCAAGGCCCUUCUUACCCUCCAUCCAUGUCAAGCCAGAAUGCCAACCAAAUACCACAACAGUUGCCGCCACCACCAAGAAUGUUUCCACCUCCACCUCCCCCCUCACCAGGACAAGUUCUGUAUAGGGCUCCUUCCCUGCCCCCUCCGAGUUUUCAACAUGUGCCAACUCCUCCACACCCUCCUGCAUCUAGUUUUGUCUCAGUAACACAUGCCCAAUUUGUGCCAUUUGGAGGUACUUCAGUUGGAGAUGCUCACCCACCCUCCCUUCCACCCCCUCUGCCUCCCCCUCCUCCAUCUUCUCCUCCACCCUUUCCACCUUCACCACCUCCACCAGCCCCUCCAAUGGAGGACCUUCCAACUGGUACCGAGGCACCUUCUAUGGAUUCUGUAGCUGAUGGGGCCUGUUCAUUAGAGCAUGUUCCUGAUGAUGCCCCAGUUACUCCAGCCCAGUCAGUUGAUAGUGCCCCUGUAUCUGGCAGUUCACCCAUCCAUGAAGGUAAUGGUGCUGGAACGAAGGUUUCACUAGUGGAAGGAGAAGUGUCAGCAGACCUCCCUCCAUGUCCACCCAGGCCAAUUGAAGAAGAUGUUGUUCGGAAUAUUGAGGUGCUGUCUCAUUUUAUUGCAAAGGUUGGACCUGAAUUUGAAAAUUUGGCUCAUACAAAGGAGGCCAAGAAUCCAAAAUUUGCCUUCUUGUUUGGAGGUGCACCUGGGAGUUCUGCUGCCAUUGGGUAUGAAUAUUUUCAGUGGAUGAAAAAGAAAUUUUGUUUUGAAAUGGAAUCAAACAAACAUCCAGACCGGCCAUCAGAAAUGAAGGGUCCUUUGCCAUCUGGUAAAUUGGAAAAUGAAGACGCAUUGAGUUCACCUGCUGCAUCGGACAUGGAUAUGGAAGAUGAUGUUUGCCUGCCUGGUGAUGAUGCUGGUUUCAACAAAUUAAACACAGAAGCGACUGGAGAGUCUGCCUCUCUAACUAAUGAAGGGGAUGGUGUUGAAGAGCCAGCACCUCAGAGUACAACAGAGCUCAUUCAGGAGGGUGCAAUGUCUAGCACUGUAUCCUGCUCAGGACCAUCAUCCUUACUGCAAGAAGGUGAAGAUCAAAAGGGCUCUUCAUUUAUCAAAGAUGUUAGUCCAGUCAGACCUUUACCUGGUGCUGUUGAGUGUGCUGUACAUGACAACAUGCAACAGCCUGUUAGGCCACUAACUCAAGAUUCUAGCUGGGUCAAUGUUGUGCCAGCUGCUGCCUGUGGCAAAACUAAAGAAACUCCAAGGGUAUUUGUUAAAGAUGGAAGCCCAUUCUGGCUUAUACAAGGUUAUGCUUCGGAUGACAGUGGAGAAGAUGAUGAUAAAGACUGUGUGGAUAGCAUCAACCCUGAUCGCACCUCCCCAUCAGCUGCUGUAGGCAGGUCAGACUUGCAAAAGGAUAAGGUAUAUGAAUUGCCUCUUAAUUUUAGCCCUAAGAGUCUUCCUGAGACCAAGAGAUCCAGAUUGCAGACCGAUUCAAGUUAUUCUUUGUCCGCAAUGCCCAAAGAAGCUACUCCUUUUGGUUUCUCAUCCCCACAAAAAUCUUCACCACCAGGUGUUAUCUUUGCUGAUCCUAUUGGUGCAAUCAAAAAUGUGUCUGAUCUUAGUAAUCAUGACCAACAUGAUGAAAGACUGCAUGAUAAGACUGGAACUUGUGAACCUUCUGAGGACAAUACUGUGGGAGGCAAAAGUAUUAAUCUUGACUGUCAAUUCACUAAUCUUCACUCAGGGGAUGCAAAGCAGGACUCUACUGUACCAAAUGUGGAUGAAUUUGGGCAAUUGGUAAGAGAAGGUGUCGGUGAUAGUGACUCUGAUGGGAUGCACAACAAUGAAAAACAUGGUAAAAGGGUGAGGAGUUGGAGUCGCAGUCGAUCACCACAAGAGAGUGGUUGGAGUUGGAGUCACAGUCCUAGGAGAAGAGACAAACAUAGCCUAUCUUGCAGCUUGUCCUCUACAAGGAGCAGGAGUAAGUCACCGCCAGAUUAUAGGCAGACAACUAUUUUUGAGAGAGGAGAUCAGGAUCAGCGUCCUGAAUGUUUCAAUUUUGUUCAAGGAAGGUGCUUUGAUGGAGCAUCUUGUCGUUUUCUCCACCGGGAUGUUGGCCAAAACAGGGACAGGCAGCCACAUCGUACAGACUUUGCACAAGGUUCUAACAAUCAUGAUGGGCAUGAUGAUAGUCUGGCUUCUGAAAAUCAGUACCAUGCUAUGGGUUUAGUGACAAAUAUGGAUAUUGAGAAAUCCGACAGUGUCAAUCUGGAAGAAACAAAGAGGUUGGAGGUGCAGACUGAUGAGAAACUGUCUGAAGCCAUGACUAAGAUUACCCAUGAUGGAAUUUUGGGUAAGAAAAUUGCAUUGGAGUCUAUGACAGAUGAUGCAAUACUGAGUUUAAAAAAUGAUACAGGGGAACAACAAAUCACUGAUCAGGCUUCCGAAGAUAUUAUUAGUCCAGUGAAGGAACCAACAGAAAUGGAAAUAGUGCAGGAGGCACCUAAGAUUAAUGAUGUCAAGGAAGAAACAACUCAGCCUCUGCAAGAAUCCUCCAACUCUUCACCUUCUCAUAAAUCUGAAGGGCUGCUUAAAGAAAUUGUUUCAGGACAAGCUAACUCAGCGGGUCAAACUGUUCAGGCUGAUGCAUUUCAAAAUCAGGUCCCUUCUGUUCCACCAUAUUCAGAAGAUGCUCUAGUAUCUCAUACGUAUCAAAACUCAAGUUCCGUGAGCUAUUCAUAUGCAAAUCAUGAUCCUACAAGUCAGCCUUGGAAUCGAAGGUUGCUUCUGAAUGAGUUUCCACGAGCCAGAUUUUCGGUGCCAGAUGAUAAUUCUCAACCAUCUCAACUGCUACCUGCACCUCAGGGGCAUCCUCUUUCCUUCGUUCCUGCUGACAAUAUUACUGCACCAUUUGCGUCACAACAUCCUAGACAGAAUCUCCUACCACCAGUCACAAGCCACUCGCAGCCUCCGCCCUCAGAUAUGUUAACUUCCCACCGACCACCUGUGGCUAGUGAUUACCAUUCUCAAAGUGUGUGUCCUCCAAUCUCCAUGUGGUCAUAUCCCACUCUGCCACCACCUCCACAUGUGAAUGGAUUGCCCAGCAGGCCUCCCUUUCCUGCAACAGAAUUUUCAUGCAUGCAGUUUCAGCAAAAUACUAUGCCACCUAGAAAUUAUUUUUCUCAGCCUUCUGUGGGGCCCUAUCCUCAGGUGGAGCUGAUUCGUUCUCAGGUAAUUGAUUUUCAUCCUCGACCUUUCCAGUCAAUGGAGUCAUCUCAUCAUCCUCCCUUGCAUAUGGAUGAGUUUAAAUGGAGGCCUUUGCCAUUGGGGAAUCAGCAGAAUCAUCCAUUUCAUGGAGCAGAUUGGUUAUCACACCCUCCUAUACCUGAAGGUUCUCAAACCAUCUCAGAUUUACGACAGGGGGAAUAUCAUCAAUCUUUUCAUGAUGAUGUUCGAAUUCCAUUUCCUUCUCCACUGCUUAGUUCUUCCAGUUUGUAUUCCCAUGGCAGUGCUGUGCAUCCUCAAGCCCUUUCAAAUCAAUCACAGUCUUUCUUGGGGAAUCAUCUUCCCCCAGGGUUUUCCUCUAGGGAAGAGUUCCCUACUGUCAGGAAUUUGCCUCAUUCACAACCUUCAUAUGACCAGCAACACCUUUCCAGCAUGAAUUUUCCUUCAAAUGUGGGUGGCCCAGGCAUGAAUUUACCUCAGCUGUCUGAUAUUGGGACACCAAAAACAUCUAUCUCAACCCAUUACAACCCGUUUGCAUCUACUUUUGAUGACCUGCCUGUGAGCUUAAAGUUUGGUUCUAGUAAAUCUGAUUCUUCAUUCAGUUCAAUCCAUGGGCCAUUAGCUGGUUGUGGUUCAAGGUUGACAGAUUUGCCACCAAAUUCGAGAAGAUCAGGAGAGCAAUUCUUGCCAAGAGGUGCUGGUUAUUCUCAUGAAACUUCUGCAGAAGUGCUAGCUGAUGUGCACAAGCAGUUUGUUAGGGAUCCUGCAUCUGCUGUCCCAUAUGAUCCACUCUUUGACAGCAUCGAACCAUCUUCUAACGCACUCAAAAAUCUAGAUCAUGUUCAAGAGCAAAACCUGGCUGCUAAUGAUACAGGCAUGGUGCAAAAAAUCAACAGCUUGACCAGGUCUUUGGAUGUUGAAGAUAACAAUAGGCAGAAAGAUGGCACAGGUGCUGAACUUAUGUCUGAAGUUGAUGAAUUUGGUGAGGUGGCUACAGAUGUAGAGGUGGAUGCUGUUGAGAAUGGGAGCCCUCAACAAGUGGAUGCGAAAAACUGCAGUGCAGUCAUUCCAACUGAAGGAGGGAACACUGCUGCAGGAGAAAUUGAGAUUGACCAUGUUCGAUCACCUGGAAAGAAGAAGAGCAAGGAUUCAAGGUCACUGAAACUUCUCAAGAUUGCCCUUGCAGAUUUUGUGAAGGAAGUUCUUAAGCCUUUGUGGAGACAGGGAAACAUAAGCAAAGAGGCAUUCAAGACCAUUGUGAAGAAAACAGUGGAUAAGGUUUCUGGUGCAAUUCCGAGUCAUCAGAUACCCAAAACACAGGCAAAGAUUAAUCAAUAUGUAGAGUCGUCGCAGCGAAAACUGACCAAGCUGGUGAUGGCUUAUGUGGACAAAUAUGUCAAGAUGUAGAUAGUGACUGAUAACCAUGGAGUACCUUCUAGAGCAAUCUCCUUUCCUCUCCACCAUACACACACAGACUUGCUGGUGGUGAAAAAUCUUUUCAUGAGAGUUUGAAGGCUUGAUGAGAGAGAUUGGCUGCACAUAAGGCAUUUAUUUUGGAGCAGAGCGGCUGUUUCAUACAGCCCAGGGAUUUUAGCUGAUAAUAUUUCUCUCAGCAGUUCUGUGGAAUCAACAGACAUUUACAUGUGCUGAAUUUAUGGAAGAUGAGGAGAUCGUGCCGGAAGAAGAAGGAAGAGAGAGGAGCAGCCUUGUACAAAUGACAUGUGGCCAAAUGAUGUAUAAAGAGACACGAUAAACUGUAAAUAACGGGUAUGCAACCUGAGCCACCCUCCUUGUCAAACAAGGUAAAGGUAAUCAACAAUUUUGCAGUUGCCAUGUUUUAUAAUGUCUGCUUGUAAAUGAUGUGUUUAAAGUCAGUCAUUUUUAUUCCAUUUAUCUCAUGAAUGAUCCAGACAAAUAUUGUUUGAUUGCAAAGACUUGAUGAGCUGGUAGCAGGGAAGCAUGCUCAAGGAAGUUGCACUGAUUGCUGUGAAUGAAACUUAUAUGGUGUACGGUGAAGGUAUUAUAUAGCAGGAUUGAUUCCCUGAUUAUAGAAAAAAUUGUCAAUCAAUUCACUGGUAGUACUUUAUCUGGAUUUGCAUAUGGCAUGUUAGUAAUGGUGAAAAUGGGGAAACCAACAUAGGUUUUGUAUCAUUCAUUCUAGGAAAAUUUGUUAUAGAGCACUCCCAAUGCAAUAUGUUACUGUGUUAGUGCUAACUCAUGGUACAUUGAAGAGUAAAUUCUCGUGUGCAGCAAUGACAGUUGUUACUUCAGUUUUGUUGCUUUCA